AUGAAAGCACAGUGCAUAAUCUCCGAUCCAUUCCGGAGAGAGCAUAAACGCCAACGACUUUCAGAAUUGGAACAUGAGACAGAUGAGUUGCGCAAGAGAUUGAGGUCUUCGCAGAGUGCUCUCCCUCAGCCUUCACCUAUCGCCAUGCUAACAGCUGCUGCGGAAAUGGGCGUGCAUUCCACGGGGGUUGAGGUUGGUCUGCACUUAACGCCUCAAUCACAGUCACCUCCAGCCUCCUGUGCUGAAACAUCAGUUCCUUCUGUCUCUCUGCGGCCGCCCCUACCACGAGUGGGAUAUACUCUAGGGGAGCGGGUUUCGGAUCCGACAGUGCCGCGUACUUUGAGUGGCGUUGAAGUCACUGGAGAGGAAAUAGACGAAAUAUUUCAACUGUUCUUUGACCAAUAUGCCCAGUUCCUCCCCGUGCUGGACCCAUUAACCACCCCCAACACAUACUAUGCACAAUGCCCCUUCCUAUUUUGGGCUGUCAUCGGGGUUGCAUGCAGGACGUACCCAAAAAAUCCGACAUUGCUUACUGCGCUCGCACGAAGCAUCACAGACAUGGCUUUACUUUCACUUGCGUCGACAUCGGCCCCGUGGCAUAUAAUCCAGGCCUUGCUCCUCUUCCUCACAUGGCCAAUGCCGAAGGAUAGUACAAGGGCUGAAUUAACCUUUCCAUUAAGUGGCAGUAUGCUGCAUAUUGCCAUGCAGAACGGGCUUCAUAUCCCCAUGUCUAGCCAUGAGUUCACUAAGAAAAGGAUUCCUGCCCCAUCGGAGGCGGAACUGAUGCGGCGAUCCGAGCUUUGGGCACGCUGUGUCAUUGUGUACCAACGUGCCUGCUCUAUAAAGGGGCAUCCGCCUCGCUCUUUUAUGGAGCUAGAGCAGGACUUUGGACCACGCGAAGUGGACGUUCAGAAGCUAUCGCCGUCACUCAUCUUGGAGAGAAAAUGUCAGGAACUGGUUGGCCGUUGUAGUGCGGCUGUUCUCGAGAUCGGGAUGUCCGUCCAGAACAACGAUGCUGCUGCCAAAACGGUUAUUGUAUUAAAUCAGCUUUGGAAUAGUACAAAGGCCUUUCGCAAGUCUGACGGGAGUGACUUCCCAACGCUUCGUAUCCGUAGUCGAUUGAUGCUUAGUCCUGUGGUGGAUGCAGUAUGGUGGUGGCGGGAAGAGCAUGACCCCCAAUAUCGGUCAGGGGUCCCUUCCCAGGGCAAUGCGCCGGAUGGGAUUGAUUCCAAUCGAGAUAGCACCGGUGGGGUGGUAAAUGCACCGAUUGGUCCGAUGGAACGUUAUGAACCUGUCCUCUUUGAUGACCAGUUUCUGGCUGAUUUCGAAUGGGCCUUGGGUGAUGACGGACUCUUCCCUUCGACGGAGCCGUAUGGCUCAGGUUGGUCAUCGUUAGGAGCUGCCAUCUAG